AUGGCAUUCCGCGCACCCCCAAACACCCGCCAUCUCUCCAUCCACUCGAUCCCACCUUUCUCCGAAUCCGACCAACACCUCCUCUACUCGCCCCAACUCUCCUCGCCCGGCCGACCCCCCAGCGAACAGCCAGCAGCGGACCACCAGCACGAGCAGGAAACCGACGAAUGGGUCGUCUUUUCCCCCAGCACGAUCGGCACCGCCACCGUCACCACUACCUCCGACCUCGGCAGCGUCGUAUCAGCACCGCGCAUCCUGCGCCAUGGCAACUACGGCGAAUCGGAAGAUGAGGAAGAAGAGGAGGACGACACGGACGACGACUACAUGGACGACGACGACGGCACAGAAACCGACUCGCUGCAGCCGUUCCGCGAACUGGCGAACGACCCGCCGCCCGUGCGCCUGCCAACGCACGAUGGCCUGGGCACGUUUCCGCUGUCGUCGCCGACGACAACAACGUCGACGGGGGUGCUGCGGUCGCUGGAGGAGUCUCUGAGGAUCGUGGCGAUGGCAGGAAGUACCAGCAGCAGCGAUAGCGAUGCGAAGAUUGACCGCUGGCGAAGACAGCAUAGCCAGGCCCUGCUGGACGAGAUUGAGCGCGUCACAAGGCGGAAGAUGUCGGUUGCGAGUCUGCGCGGCGCGGGCGGCGGAAGCAGUAAGGACGUUAAGGCGCUUCUGGACGAGGAUGCGGCCUUCAUGGCUGCUUCGACCGAGGAGGAGCGAGGGGACGAGGAGGAGACUGUGCAUGGGAAGAUGGAGGAAGAGCAGAGGGAGGAGCAGGAUGAGGAUACAGAGAACCCAGAGACCAUCUGGCGCCGCAUCACGAGGAGGUUCAUCCGCGACAUCAUGGGCAUCGACGACGAGCUCCUGCAGGUCAUUUUCGGCGAAGCCCUCCCCGAGUCCUCGUACCCGGACCCCAGCAUCUCGCUGCACGCCACCCCGGCCCCCACCGCCGCAGAAGACCGCCUCCUUAACCGCCUCGCCCGCGAGCUCGGAGUCCUCGUAACACAAUACACCACGCACCCCGCCCCCGACGGCGCCGCCUUCUCGACGCUACACCGCGCCGACGACGACGCAGACAACUACAACGACGACGGCGUGCAGACGCCGCAGCCGCGCACCACCACCUCUACCACAGCUGCAAGCACGCACUUGCAGACCCCCGCCACGCCGUCCGACGCGGGGAUGCCCCACUACAACUUCACGCCCACACUGCACCACAGCGACAUGGCGCAGUGGGGGCUCGAGCUCGACGGCGAUAGCCAGCAUGAGGAGGAGAAGGUGCGACGAGAGUACUGGGAGCAGGAGCUGGGCGUGAGGGUCUUCUUCUCGUUCUUGAAGUCGCGGUUCUCGUCGCCGACGCCGCCCCCGCAGCAGCAGGUGCCGGGACCGGUGUUCCAGCAGCAUCCGCUGAUUAGGUCGCCGUCGGAGUUGAGGAGUGGUAGUUGGGGAGCGGCGGCGAAGACGGUGAGUAGGAGUGGGAGUGGGAGGAGUGCGAGGGGUUUCUAUUGGGAUGUGGCGUCGAGUGUGGGGAGUGGGAAGGGGAGCUGUGUCGGGACGGGGGUGUGGGCGGCGAUUUAA